AUCCAAUAAAAUUUUUUUUUUUUUAAAAAAAACUAAAUUAUAAAUAAUGAUUACAUAUUUCUUUUCUAUCUUAUCGUACCUUACAAAUAUUAUGAGUGUAAAAGAUGUAAAAGAAAAAACAAACGUAGUAAAAGGUAGUCAUCUAGAAUUAAAAAAUUUGUAUAAAACUGAUGAAAAAGUUGAAAAUUUUCGUGAAAUAAGAAUUAAUAUGGAAUUUGAAGAUUGUAAAUAUUGUAGAAAAUUGACCGAUGAAACGCGAAUCAUAAUUUCAAGAUCAAAUCAUGUAAACGUGUCAUUUUUUUUUCAAUACUGUAUAUUCGGACCAGAUUUCAUGAUGUUUAUAAAACAAAAAGUAUACUUUAUAAAAAUGUAACGUGGCGUAGCUAUUAGAUUUUCGAAUAAUCAUAGCGUUUCUUAUAUAAAGUAGUUACUUAUAUAAAGUAGUUAUAAAAAAAAUAAUUUCAUUUAAUUGUACUUUUGAUUCGAGAUAGAAAUAAUAUAUUUUUCAUUUUUUUUUUCUUUUC